AUGAGAUUACCAGCACAUAUCAGAUUCACGGGAUACGACGUAAAAAUACCAGAAGAGCGUUGGUACAUUACUGUUAGGAGGUUUUUCGCCCCAGGCGGGGGUGCCGAACAGAAUUUCAGACCAAUUGCAAGCGCAGAAUUGACGCAAUCUAUAUUUGAUUCGGAUUCCCUGAAUUACGCACUCGAUGAUGUCCGAAUUGGAGGCGGAAUCAUGGUCUUUGGAGACCCAGAUCUAUAUUGCACUUUUGUCACUGGGCACCAGAAAGGGGAGACAGAAGCUUGGGAUGCCGGGGUAGGCAGGUGGAAUCUCCCACAGGAUAUUGUGCAGCAGCCAAUUCUAGUGGAGUAUGACACCGCAGACUUCAGGAAGGGGCCGUGA